UGAACAAGAAAGCAGCUGCGUUUUGACCUUCUUUCUCCAGCUUUUGAUCAUAUUAUGGUGUCUUUGAACGCUUCCCUGGAGAGGAUGAAGAGCAUUCUUUUGCACAGUUGUGUCGUUUUUCUGUGGGUGAUGUUGCCACAGCGGGGCGACUUGCAACAGGUUGCUGUGCUACCUGACACAGUGUCCAACUGCUGUGAGGGAGACCUUCUCCUGUUGCUGGACUCUUCAGGCAGUGUGGCCAACUACGAGUUCUCACGUCUCCUGAGCUUCUCCGCCGAGCUCCUGCGCCCCUUCUCGCUGGGUCGCGGCCAUGUAGGAGUCGGGCUUCUGCAGGUGGGAACCAAGCCAAACCUUGAGUUUGGCCUGGACGUGCACGGCAAACAAGAGAGUCUGCAGAAAGCGAUGCUGGGCGUCAAACAGCUGCAGGGGGACACCAACACCGAGGCGGCACUGCAGGUGGCCGAGCAAAUCCUGACAGGGUCACGUGUGCCCAAAAUUCUCCUCUGGCUGACUGACGGCGUGGAGUUGGGCGAGGUGGAUGGGCCCAUCGGCCGGCUGAAGGCGCGGGGGGUUUCUGUGUUGAUCGUGUCUACGGUGCACGGAAACUUCCAGGUGCUGCAGCGUGCGGUUUCCCCUCCUGUGGAGUCCCACCUGUACUCGGUGGACAUUGACAACAUGGACAUCAUCACAGAAGACCUACGGGUAGCCAUCGUCAAAAUCCUGCGAGCAGAGCGUCUGCGGGUGGUCCAGGUCACAUCCCACGGCGCCGUGCUGCAGUGGCGUCCUGUUCUAAGCAGACACAAUGGUCACUACGAGCUGUGGUACCACGCCAAAGAGAAUAAGCGCGCAGAGGCGAGACGCAUCCUCCCGGGCGACUCCGGCCGGGUGCAGCUUACCGACCUGCAGCCUGAGACCACAUACUCCGCCUUCCUGCGACCGGAGCCUAACCGCGGGCUUUUCAGCACACUCACUGUGAGCUUCACCACGCUUCCCGAUGUUUUAAGCCCAGCCGUGGUUUCGGUGUCAGACUCAGGACCCCAUCAGACCCGAGUCAGCUGGGCUCCCCUGCAGCCAGGUCGAGUCCAGAGGUACACGGUGGAGUACGGAGCCAUUCCAAGCGGAGCGGUGAAAAAGGUGAUGGUACGAAGCCAUCAGAACUCGACCACGCUCAUGGGCCUGCAGGCAGGGACUCAGUACUUGGUCACAGUCAGCGCUCUGUACAAGGACGGCAAACAAAGAGCCAUGUCCGUGAAAGCAUGCACGGAAGAACCAGCGGCACCCACUGCCGUCGUCGAUCUCCAGCUGACGUCAGUAGACAACGAGGAGGUCCAGGUGGAGUGGAAGGCCCAUCAACAGGAUGUGAAAGGCUACUGGCUUAACUGGGAGAGAGGGGAUGCCAUCUUGUCCACGUACCUGCCGCCGUCCUCCCAAUCCACGCGACUCGCACACCUGGCGCCCAGCAGCCGAGUGUGCGUGGCUCCGGUGUACAGAUGGGGUCGAGGAGAGGGCGUAUGCUGCAUGAGAAACAAGAAAGGAGGUUAGCAGAACACAAUGGUUCCCUUGUUUUAAUUUUAGCGUGUUUGGUUAUCAGAUUUUUCUGGUAGCCACAAGUCAGGAACAGACAAUGCUCUUUGUGCUUAAUCAGCAAUUUUCAUUUACAUGACAUGUUUGCACAAUUCAACAUUGAAUAGAAUAGGUUUUUAUUGUCGUUGCACAUUAAGAACAACAAAAUUGUCCGAAAAGGAGAGCUUAUUAGAAGAAGCGGAGGUUAUUAUUUCCAUGUCUCAACUAUUAUUGAUAGUUAAUUUGCACUGUGUUUAAUUAACAUGUUGACACUCACAACAAAUAAUGUGUUUACGUUUUGACACUAAAAAGUGUAAAAGUUUGUUCACUUCCCGUGUUUAGGGCUUGGGUGUCAAACUAAUUUUAGACAUGAAGAAAAAUCUACUCCCAACUGGUAAAACCCCGGCACGAUAACUUAAAAAUAAAGACAACUUCAGAUUGUUUUCUUUGUUUAAAAAUAGAACAAGAACAUUCUGAAAUUGUACAAAUCAUAAUGUUGUUGGGGGUUUCUUUACACUUACAUGUUGCGGUUAAUAGUAUUCUAUCUUUAUUUGUCGUCAUUUAUAUUUUCUGAAUAUAUUAUGUGAUAAUGUUCAUCAGUCAACUCAUUGGUUUUAAUUGUCAAUCCAUCAAGAUAAAAUCAAAUUACAGGAUGUUAUUUAUGUAGUUUGAAAAUUUUCUUCGACUGAUGUACUAACAUCUUGUGGUUUAUUUUGUACAUAUGUAGCAUCAUCUACAAAGAUACAAGGAGUUGCUAUUGCGACAUCCAGUGGACACAUUUAGGACAGCUGUUUCUUUCAUUCAAAAAUGUUUAUACUUAGCAAACUCAUCCCGCAAGCUGGAUAAAACCUGUUCGCGGGCCUGAUCCGGCCCUCGGGCCGUACGUUUGUCUCCAUGUUUUAACAAGGAGAGAAAAUAAUAAAUUAAAUAAUAUAUUAUUAUGUAUUGUGUUAUAUUCAACUUAUGCUCAGACAAAGGAGAAAAGAAAAGAAAAAGUUUUCAAAGAAAUAAAAAUGUUUAAAAAAUAUGUCGCUUCAUGCCAACUCAUUGCUCUGGCGUCUGGUUGAUUAUGACACCAUCUAGUGACUACUUUUAGAAAUUACACUCAAUGACCCUUUUUGUGUCCCUAAACAUGACAAGGCUCCAAAUAUUAGGAACUAUUGAAAAUAUAAAUAUUGACUUGAAUAUGGGAUGGGCCUCGUGGCUUGUUUAUUUAUUUGUCCUACUCGGUGCUAAUUUGAAAUAAUCACCUCAUGGAAGUAAAUACCAACCUCACAUUUUAUGAUAUGCAAAUA